ACUUAAGUCUGUUGUUUCGGAGGACACAAACUGAGUUGUGUUUGUUGUGUUGUUGUGUUGUGUUCAUCUUUGGCUUGUUGUCAACAGAAACGUCCACACAGCAGCAAACCAUGGCUUGCGUGUACAAGAAUCCCAACGUGCCCAUUGAAGUUCGUGUGAAGGAUCUUCUUUCCCGCAUGACUCUGAGGGAGAAGAUUGGUCAGAUGACCCAAAUUGAGCGCACUGUUGCAAACGAUUAUGCCAUUCGGGAUCUUUCCAUUGGGAGCAUACUGAGUUCUGGAGGUAGCUCACCGUUUGAAAAUGCACAGUCGUCUGAUUGGGCUGAUAUGGUGGAUGGCUUUCAAAAACUGGCUCUACAGUCUCGACUGGGGAUACCACUUCUCUAUGGGAUUGAUGCAGUUCAUGGUAAUAACAGCGUCUAUGGUGCUACUAUAUUUCCUCACAAUGUUGGUCUUGGAGCUACUAGGGACAGUGAUUUAGUUCGAAGAAUUGGAGCUGCUACGGCACUUGAAGUUAAAGCAAGUGGAAUUCACUAUAGUUUUGCUCCAUGUGUAGCGGUCUUAAAAGAUCCUAGGUGGGGAAGAUGCUAUGAGUGUUAUAGUGAGGAUACUGAAAUAGUUAGAAAGAUGACUUCCAUUGUAUCAGGUUUGCAAGGCCAGCCUCCAGAAGGACAUAAACAUGGAUACCCUUUUGUAGCUGGAAAGAACAAUGUUGUUGCUUGUGCCAAGCAUUUUGUUGGAGAUGGAGGUACUCAUAAAGGUGUGAACGAGGGAAAUACUAUAAUACCUUAUGAAGACUUGGAGCAAAUUCACAUGGCACCUUACUUAGACUGCAUUUCUCAGGGAGUUUCAACCAUUAUGGUCUCCUAUUCUAGCUGGAAUGGACGCAAACUUCAUGCUGACCAUUUUCUUCUAACUGAAAUCUUGAAGGACAAGUUAGGUUUUAAGGGAUUUGUGAUUUCUGACUGGGAGGGACUUGACAGACUUUGCCAGCCUCACGGGUCAGAUUAUCGGUCCUGCAUCUCCUCUGCAGUCAAUGCUGGAAUUGACAUGGUGAUGGUGGCUUUAAGAUACAAACUUUUCAUUGAAGAAUUGACCUCUCUAGUUAAAACAGGGGAAGUACCUCUAAGCAGAAUUGAUGAUGCUGUUGAGCGAAUUUUGAGAGUAAAGUUCGCUGCUGGGCUUUUUGAAUUUCCUGUUAGUGACAGAUCUCUGUUAGAUACAGUUGGUAGCAAGCCACAUAGAGAUCUUGCGCGUGAAGCAGUUCAGAAGUCCCUGGUUUUGUUGAAAAACGGGAAAUAUCAUAACAAACCUUUUCUUCCAUUGAACAAGACUGCUAAGAGAAUCCUUGUUGCUGGAACACACGCAGAUGAUCUUGGAUAUCAAUGUGGAGGUUGGACUAAAACUUGGUAUGGAAUGAGCGGGCGAAUCACAGUUGGGACAACAAUUUUAGAUGCUGUGAAGGCAACUGUGGGAGCUGAAACAGAAGUUAUAUACGAGAAAUAUCCAUCAAAGGGCACGAUAGAACGUAACGAAUUCGCUUUUGCAAUUGUAGCUGUUGGUGAAGCACCAUAUGCUGAGACCUUAGGUGACAAUUCAGAGCUUAGAAUGCCCUUAAAUGGAACUGAUAUCAUAAGCCUAGUUGCUGACAGAAUCCCAACUGUGGUUAUUCUGAUAUCUGGAAGACCUUUAUUAUUAGAGGCAUGGCUAUUGGAAAAGAUUGAUGCUCUUGUUGCUGCUUGGUUGCCAGGUAGUGAAGGGGAAGGAAUCACAGAUGUUAUCUUUGGCAGUCAUGAUUUCAAAGGUAAAUUACCAGUGAAUUGGUUCAGAAGAGUUGAACAGCUUGAUCAGCCAAGUGAUGGAGUUAAUUCAUGUGAACCAUUAUUUCCUCUUGGUUUUGGUCUCACAUAUUAGAAGAGUUAACAGAACAAGUGCUUUCUCAAGCACCCUAAGAUAGAUAGCCAAAGACUUGUAAAGGCAGAUUCAGAAUAUUUGUUGCCCUCCUAUCACUAGGGCUGAGUUUGAAUAUUUAAAGUUCAAAAAACAAUACAUUAAUCUAUGAUAAUAAUAAAAUAAAAAAAGUGUUUUUCACUUUGCAUUUA